GGACCUGAUGCACAGGUGGGGGGGUGGGGGGGACGUUGGUGCUGUACCAAGCGUAGCAUACGCCACAGACACUACCUCCCCAAGCGAACCAACCAACCGACUUCACCCACUUCCCCCAGAUCUGCCAGGUUGGUCCAUGGCGACAUCAAACCCGACAACUUCGCACUUCGCCUCCCUCCACCACCGCCUGCACCCCCCGCGACAACCCCCUCGGCAGCCCCCGCAGCGGCAGCCCCCUUGCAAGCGGAGCCCUGGCUGCCUGACGCCGUAGCAGGGGCAGCAGCAGCGGCAGCAGCGGCAACAGCAGCGGCAGCAGCGGCAACAGCAGCGGCAACAACCGGAGCAGCAAGGGCAGGAGCAGGAGCAGCAGGGGCAACAGGAGCAGCAGCAACAUCAGGGAAUCCGGUGGGAGUGCUGAAGUGCACCAGCCGCCCGCAAGACCGAUGGCGCUGGGCGCUCUUGGACUUUGGCAGCGCAUGCAGCCUGGAGGACGGACCCGUGGGUCACCAACAACAGCCCUUGCGAGACCGGGUACGCUCCUGUGCACCUCCGCCCUCUUCCCGCGGCAACAGCACAGCCUCGCCCUCCUCCUCAUCAACACCAUCAACGUCAUCAGCACCAUCAAGCUCCCCAACUCCCGCCCCCUGGUACGACACCCCCUCCUACGCCGCUCCGGAACUGACGCUUGGUCUUCCGCCCUCGCCCGCCUCCGACAUGUGGUCCCUGGGAUGCACCCUGUACGAACUAGCCACCGGAUCCAAGCUCCUGCCCAUCCCGCCACAACUCCUAACACAGCACGGCACACAACAAGACAGCGGGGAUAGCGAGGACGAUGACGAUGCUCACGGCGGUUUGGGUGCGGCGGAGUUUCAUUUGGCGCUGGUAACUCAGCUCCUGGGCCGGCCGCCCAGGCAGCUCAUAGCGCGUGCGCCGAGGGCGAGUUGGUUUUUCGAUGCACGGAAACGGCGGUUAUGGAUUGAGGAGGAGUACGACAUGCCGCCUCCUCGCAGCCUCGCUUUGCGGAUUCGGGAGUGUGCAGGUGCAGGGGCUUCUGCUCCUGCUACAAUGGCUAUUGGGACAGCAGCAGCAGCAGCAGCAGCUGCUACGGCGGUGGCGGUACUAGAUGAGG